AUGUCCACCAAGCCUCAAGCGAUCCCGAAAGAAGUUUCUUCAUCAGAGAAGCGCCGUUUCCGACCGGUUCUUGUAUUUGAAACCCUCCUGCACGUUCACCAGAACCAUCGGCUGUGGGACAAUCAUAAAGACACUUGGUCAGACCUCACACAGUUGAUGGAGGGGAUCAUCGAGCCCGAAGUAGAAGCACUUGCUGGGAUCCUGAAGGGUAUCCACGGCGCCUACACAGAGGCAGAGUACCGAGAUCAGUACAACAAGGUACUUUCCGCACGUCAGAAGAAGAUGAGGACGGAUGCACUGACAGAGAAGGCCAGAAAGUCUCUGGAAGAAUUUCUUCCAAUCGACGGCAGUCGUACCGCAGAGGUUCUGUGGUCGAUGAUCUCUGACAUCCCUGUCCUUUCUUCAAGUUUCAUUGCGGUGACGAUAGGCAUGAAGGUUGGAGAGUAUGGGAAGUUUACCCUCAAAGAUGUUCGAUUUGUCUGCUCGCAAAGAUACACGUUCUCCCAGCAGUGGCUGACUCCUGCCCAGCAGCCUUUAGGGAGAGGAGGCGACGACAAUCGUUCGAACUGCACGGACAACACCAGCGAACAAGCUUCCAGCCCUGAUCACUCGGCGCAAAGUGAAGGCCAGAGCUUCAGCGACUUCAGCAAUGUGACCGAUUUUGGGGACAAUGUCGACCCGCAGCAGCGUAUGACAUACCCAUCCUACACUUCAGGUGCCAGCCCAGAAGAAAGCGCUCUCCAAUCAGCCCUGGUACGCUUCUUGAUGUACGGAACUCGUGGGAUGUGGCAAGAGGUCACAUGUCACGCUGCGACACUAUCAGACACCAUCCCAUGGACACGCCAUCACCCACACCAAAUUGAGCCCAAGUUUCGACCGGUUUUCUCGUUUCUCCCUGAACCCAACUUGUCUGGCCCUCUCGGUGGCCUAAAGUUUGAUUCAUGGGGAAAACUCAACAACGAGAUGGACAAACUCAUCAAGAAAGAGUUGGCUGCAUUGGUUUCGAAGUUACAAAGCAUCAAUGGUGUAUUUACAGAGGACAGCUACAGGGAAAGGUGCGACGAGCUGUUCUCCCAAAGCUUGAGGGAUACCAGGGCAGCGGCACUCGCAGAAGCUGGCAGGAAAGCCGCGAAGAAAUUGAGCGGUAUGAGAAAUUCGGUCACCGUCACACGCCCCCAGGUCACUGUCGGUCCUUUCCCUACCAAGUUUAGCAACCUUGGUGUCGGAAUCGACGUGAGCAUUUGCAAGCGGGGCUACAAGAACUGUGUCUCUUCAUGCGUCUUUACAGGCGAACAAGAGUACUCCGUUGAGAGACGCGCGCUCGAACACACUGAGCGAAACCUCGAUGAUGUUGAUCAGCCCAUGGGAUCGGACGACGACCAACAUGAUGGGGUCUCCCAGGAAACGAGCAGCACUAACAAAACUGGCUCGUACUUGUCCUCAAAGCAAACCAAGCAGAGCUCCAACGACGACGGCACCAGCGUCAGUGCCCAAACCCCCGAGGGGCGACAAUCAAUGUCCGAUGUGAGGCGAUAA